UGGCAAGGUGGCGGGAUUUGCGUUGAAGCCACUGCGUUGUCAGACAUGCGCAAGAGCGUCAUCAUCAUCAUCAGCAGCAGCAGCAGCAGCAGCAACACAACCACUGCGCUGCGUUUCCGCCUUGGCUGAGCAGCGCAGGGGAGGGAAGCCGAGAAGAAGAAGAAGAAGAAGAAGAAGAAGAAACGAAGCCACGGAGACGCAGUGUUGGGCACAGCACACGGACUCCCGAGCUAAAUUGCACCGACGCAGCAACAAACCCAAGGCACCUCGUCUCCAAAAAAAAAAUUUCAACGCCAAGAAGCGACCUGUGCGGUGCGCGCCAGAGCCUUUCCAGCAUGGAGACUACGCUGAUAAACAAGCACUAAAAUGUGAGAUUUACAGAGGAAAUCACAAGAGAGAGAGAGAGAGAGAGAGAGAGAGAGAGAGAGCGAGAGCGAGCGAGAGAGAUAGAUAGAGAGAGAGUGCAUGUGUGUGUGUGUAUGAAAGAGAAAGUGGCUACCCCUUUUUAUCUUGUGCGGGUGAUCUCAAAUUCUGCAGUGUGAAAAUGAAGAAGUUUAACAUCAGGAAGGUGCUGGACGGCUUGAAAGAGGUGUCCUCCUCCACCCCGUCUGUCCAAGUGGGGCCACAGGAGAACCAUCUGAUCCAGGAGACCAUCCAGUCCGAGCAUUUCCAGCUCUGCAAGACUGUCCGUCAUGGCUUCCCCUAUCAGCCCUCAUCCAUGGCUUUUGACCCCGUGCAGAAGAUCCUGGCCAUCGGCACCCAGAGUGGCGCUCUCAGAUUGUUUGGUCGUCCAGGUGUGGAGUGCUACUGUCAGCAUGAGAGUGGAUCGGCCGUCAUCCAGCUACAGUUCCUUAUCAACGAGGGAGCGCUGGUGAGUGCUCUGGCUGAUGACAGUGUUCACCUGUGGAACCUGAGGCAGAAGAGACCAGCCAUCCUGCACUCCCUUAAAUUCAACAAAGAGAGAAUAACUUUUUGCCACCUGCCCUUCCAGAGUAAAUGGCUGUACAUCGGCACAGAACGAGGGAACAUCCACAUCGUCAACGUGGAGUCCUUUACGCUCUCAGGCUACGUUAUCAUGUGGAACAAAGCCAUUGAACUGUCGUCCAAGGCUCACCCCGGACCAGUCGUCCACAUAAGUGACAACCCCAUGGACGAGGGAAAGCUUAUAAUUGGAUUUGAGUCUGGGAUCGUGGUCCUGUGGGAUUUGAAAUCAAAGAAGGCCGACUAUCGCUACACUUAUGAUGAGGCCAUCCACUCGGUCGCCUGGCAUCACGAGGGCAAGCAGUUCAUUUGCAGUCACUCGGACGGGACUCUGACCAUAUGGAACGUCAGAGGAAUGGGCAAGCCCAUACAGACAAUCACCCCGCACGGAAAACAGCCGAAGGACGGGAAGAAGCCAGAGCCUUGUAAACCCAUUCUGAAAGUGGAGUACAAAACCACCAGAAAUGGGGAACCCUUCAUUAUCCUGUCUGGUGGUUUGUCCUACGACACGGUGGGUCGGCGGCCAUGUUUGACGGUAAUGCAUGGGAAAAGUACUGCAGUGCUGGAGAUGGACUAUCCAAUCGUCGACUUCCUCACACUCUGUGAGACACCGUACUCUAACGAUUUUCAGGAACCGUACGCUGUGGUGGUCCUUCUAGAAAAGGAUUUAGUGGUGAUCGACCUUGCACAAAAUGGUUACCCCAUAUUCGAGAACCCCUAUCCUCUGACGAUCCACGAGUCUCCUGUAACCUGCUGCGAGUACUUUGCCGACUGCCCUGUGGACCUCAUACCUGCACUUUACUCUGUCGGCUCACGGCAGAAACGACAGGGAUACAGCAAAAAGGAAUGGCCUAUUAGUGGUGGAAACUGGGGUCAAGGCACACAAAGCUACCCAGAGAUCAUCAUCACUGGGCAUGCUGAUGGAACUGUGAAGUUCUGGGAUGCCUCUGCAAUAAUGCUUCAGGUGCUCUAUAAGCUGAAAACAGCCAAGGUGUUUGACAGAAAUCGCUCCAAGGAAGAGAAAGGCAGCACCGAGGUGUCAGACGAAGACCCCUUUGCUAUUCAGAUCAUGGCCUGGUGCCCUGAGAGCCGGAUGCUUUGUGUGGCUGGAGUGUCAGCAAAUGUUAUCAUAUAUCGCUUCAGCAAACUGGAAGUAACUACUGAGGUGGUGCAGUUACUAGAGGUGCGAAUGCAGUAUGAGCUGAACGACAUAGAGUCUCCAGACGGCGGAGUAGGAGGGGGCGAACAGACAUCGGCGCUUCCCACGCCUGGCGCCUCCCCUCAGACGAGCGGCCCGCCUUCACACCCCUCCACCAGCAGCAACAACUCUGACGGAGGCAACAUCCCCUGCCUCAAAGUGCGCAGUACUCCUCUGAAGCAGUCUCCAGGGUACCAGGUAGAUCUGGUGGUCCAGUUAGUGUGGGUGAGCGGAGAGCCCCCUCAGCCGAUCACAAGUCUGGCUCUCAAUUCCUCCUACGGCCUUGUGGUGUUUGGCAACAGUAACGGCCUGGCGGUGGUGGACUACAUCCAGAAGACGGUAGUACUCAACUUAUCGACGGUGGAACUUUACGGCUCCAACGACCCCUACCAGAGACAGCCGCGCUCGCCAAGAAAGACACGGCAGCCUUCUGGAGGUUUGUGUGACAUCAAUGAGGGCUCAGCGACGUCAGAGGACCGCUGCAAAUCCCCUACUUCAGUGUUGAUGACAAACAGCAAUCUGCAACAAUUCUACAAUGGAGGUGGUAGAGGAGCAAAGAUGUCACGGAAAUUAAGCUUGCCUACUGAGCUAAAGCCAGACUUGGUCCUCCUGUCUGUAUGCCCGCCGCGGGGUGCCAACCCAUUAGACCACCGGGAUAAUUCAUUCAGCCGCUCACGCUCCUCCAGCGUCACCAGCAUCGACAAGGAAGCUCGAGAGGCCAUCAGCUGCUUCCACUUCUUUGAGACCUUCGCCCGCAAGGGGGACAGCACUUUGACACCCUGCCUGUAUGUGGGCACUUCCCUGGGAACCGUACUGGCUUUAGCUCUCACAUUGCCUCCUGCUGGGGAGCAACGGCAACUGCAGCCAGUUAUUAUUUCACCUACUGGCAUGUUGGUGCGGUUGAAGGGUAGCAACUUGCGGAUGGCUUUUCUGGACUCUACAGGUGCCCUGCUUCCCUCUGCCUUUGAGCCUUGGUUUGAACCCAAUGUAACGGCAGAUGGUGAAGAAAGAGAGAAGGUUCGAAAGCGCCGGCCCGUCUCAGUGUCCCCUUCAACCUCCCAGGACCUCAACGAGAGCCAGUAUGCAGUGGUGUGUUCAGAGAAACAGGCCAAGGUCCUUUCCCUCCCCUCCCAGACCUGCAUCUAUAAACACAGUAUCACAGAGACCUCCUUUAUCCUGCGGGCAGAUGUGGUGCAGAUGAGCCAAGGCGUGUGUGUGGCGUGUUUCUGUGCCAACGGACACAUCAUGACCCUCAGUUUGCCGGGGCUGAGACCACUCUUGGAUGUAAACUACCUGCCCUUGACGGACAUGCGGAUAGCCCGGACGUUCUGCUUCACCAACCUGGGUCAGGCCAUGUACCUCUGCUCCCCCACCGAGAUCCAGAGGAUCACUUACAGCCAAGACAUCUGUGAAAACCUGCAGGAGAUGCUGGGUGAACUUUUUACACCAGUGGAGACACCAGAGGCACCAAACAGAGGGUUUUUCAAAGGUCUCUUUGGGGGCGGAGCUCAGUCACUGGACAGAGAGGAGCUGUUUGGUGAGAUAUCAUCUGGAAAAGCAUCCCGAAGUCUGGCACAGCACAUCCCAGGGCCGGGCGGCAUCGAGGGCAUGAAGGGGGCGGCCUCCGGCGUGGUUGCGGAUCUGGCACGAGCCCGGAUAGCACUGGAUGAAAGAGGCCAGAAACUGGGCGAGCUGGAUGAAAGGACAGCUGCCAUGAUGACCAGCGCAGAUUCCUUUUCCAAACACGCCCAUGAGAUGAUGCUGAAGUGCAAAGACAAGAAAUGGUACCAGUUCUGAUCCACGACAGGAGAGGAGCAAUGCUCCACAGACACCGCUGUCAUCUUCCGUCCGGCUCAUUUGGACUCACCGUGACACCCCACCCCCCCCCCCACCUACCUGCCCAUCCAUCUGUCCAUUCGUCCCAUCCCUCCAAGCCUUCGUCGCUGGGACAUUUGGGAUUUUCUUCCCUAGCACAAUGUUAAACACUGUUCUUACCUCAGUCUAAGGGUGGAACUGAGGAGUGGACAGGGGAAAAAAGGCAACCUCAAAAAGGGAGCAUAUAAAUGGUGUCUUUUUUUUUUCUUUCCUUUUUUUUACGUUGUCGUCUCUUUGUUUAUCUCUGUUCAGCCUCUCCUCCGAGGAAGCCGCCUGGCACACGCACCUGGAGAUUUCUUCAUUCUCAUUUGCCAAAACAUCCUUUACUGUCAUCCGAGCCUCGAGCCCAUUGUGGGCCCAGAGCUCAAACCGAUGAACACACAGCUGAAAAGAGACAAAAACCUUAUGAGGAAAACAGACUUUAAAAAAAAAUUCUUAAAAUGUAAAAAGAAAGAAAAAAUAAUCUAAAUACAUCAUUAUAUAUACAUAAAUCUAAUAAAUGUGCAAACGCUGUAUCCACUUCCGGGGGGACAAGUAGUAAAGAAAAGGAAAACUUGUGGAGGAGACAUGAAGGAAGUGCUGCGACAGUGACGCCUUCUCUAUGCAGAGAGUCACAGGGAUUAAAGCAACUUACUCCUAUGUAAACUGGAUACUUCACUUUAGACUCUCCUCUGUAUCUUACAGACUUUCAUAUCGUUACCAACAGUGUGCGUGCGUGUGUGUGUGUGUGCUAACUUCUAUUUUCUUGCCAUUCUCUAUUUGUUAUUCGUUGGGUUUUCUCUCUGUCUGUAUUAUUGGAAAAUCUCUUAUUUUUCUAUUGUUGUGAAAGUGGAUGAUGUUUGAUUUGUUGAAAAAUCUGUUUUUGUGGCUUUUUGUCUAACAACUCGAGUUUAUCUUCUCCUUAUGAAAAGGGCUGGAAUCUAAAUGGAGGGCAAGGAUAUAAAAGGCAUAUGUCAUUUAGUUCUUACUGACAUGGCAACAUCAGAUUCCUUGAAUCUGAACUUAAAGCGUGUCACACACAUUAUUGUUUACCAUGAAUUGAUCUAUGUGAUGUUAACCGCCUCUGUCGACCUCUUAAUGUCGGACGCUUCCACAGUUUGGCUCUCUCUCUGAGCGCGACUUUGAAUGCUAAUGUAAUCAGUGUUAAAUCCACCGAUCGGUGAGCCAAUUCUGUGGGAUUUCAGAGGUUUUUAAAUGAGUAAACAUCUGUAUGGAGACUCAAAAAAACACAUGGAUAGAAAUAUCCAUGUGUUUCAUAUAUGCAGGAUAAUAGAAAAAAAGAAAGUGUAAACCUUUAAAGGCAUACAUCAGAAACACAUUUCAGUUCUUUGAUUGUCUGUAUGAGCAAGUUGUCUGUGUGAUUUCUUUGUCGAUAUUUAUUUAUUGAGGUGCAAGAAACAGUUGUUUUAGGUGUCAGAAACCUUCAUUACCUUGUUUUGAAUCCCAUGUUUGCAGUAAAGCUCAAAUGUGGUGUAUCUCUCUGUCUACCAGGCUUUUAAACCUUUAUUUGUAUAUAAGUAAAUAGUUUGACAAUCUAAGACCAACCGGAAAGUACAACGUUGAGGGUUGCUCAAGCAACAGAAGAGGAGAGAGGCCAUAUUUUUUCUGACGCCAAAGAGUUGCUUUAAACUUUUUCAUUGCAUUCUCAUUUAAUCCAUCACGCACAACAGCAGCAUAUUAAUAAAAGCUUCUCACAUUGGAGUGCAAGCCCAGGAUCGAAUCCACACAGGACCAUUUUCACCUUCAUCAUCUUUGGAAUUUGAAGACAUGGAGCAAGUUGCAAUGGAACGCAGCCAUUUAUAGUACUACUGUAUCGCAUUAUGUCAUGAAAAAUGUAACAUUUGGACUAAUGUUUAAUGUUUCAAGUGGCCUAACUGUUGGUUAAAUAAUAAGGAUGUUUCCUUAAGAAGAAAACCUGAACCAUUCCACUACAGCUCAGACGCAACAAUAUUGACUGUGUUCAUCUGUGUGUAUGUGUGGGAAUGUGUGUGUGUUUGACUCUGUCUGUCAGGGGGUCGUUCAAGUGAUUUAAUUUAUUCGUUUUUGGUUGGUUAAUAAUUAAUAUUGAUGUCCUAGUCUCACCAGUCUGUGUCCAGUCGAGUGUAUGUCCCACUAACUAAAGCCCCCCCUUAAUAAUAAAAAAAAGAUAAAAAAUAGGAUAAUGAGCAUAAGAGGAUGACCUCUGAAUUCCAGUUUUUUUUUUUAACUUGCACAUUUCCAGUCUUGGCACAUAAGCUUUGACUCACCUUUGCCUUUGUCUUCUGAGUUCUCUCUUCCUCCAGUGAGUCUUUCACAGACUCUACAGGUUCAACAACAACAAAUAUGGCCUUCUUUGUGUCAGUGAGCAUUGUAGUGUGGUAGCUCUGUCUUUAUCCCUCCACAAACUUCAGGAGAAUUAGCAAGUUUUGAGCCAGAGGUCAUCCCCUCCCCCGAAAAAAACCCCCUUGUAUGAUGUCUUUCCCUCCGAUCCCACUGUUAAUUGUGUGUUUUUCUUUUCUUUUUUUCAAUGUUGUUGUUUUUAAAUCCAUCUCUAUGUGAUUUGUUUCUCGUCCCUACAUUUCAGUAUGCAGUAUUCUUAACCCGAUUCAAUCCACAUGCUCAAAACAUCCAGAGGGAGUCCUGUCUUAUAUCUGCCGUGCGCCAUCUUCUGUCCUGGAUUUCACAGUUAUCAGUGGGUUGCAGUAUUUUUCUCAUUGUAGCCAAUUUUCUUGUACAGUUUUAUGCAACUUUCACAUGGAUGUUUAUGACUUUAUCUGCUGCCACAAAAAGUUUAGAAAUUCUGUAGAUAGAGAUUACUGUGCAAUGGAAAAUAAAAGUGGAAAAUGUA